CUUCGGUAAACAAAUCAAAAUCAAUCAACAACCCAUUCCCUGCUGAUUGCUCCUCCGAUUUAACCAAAGUUAGCCAAAAUGCUUAAGACCCUAGCCGUUUGUGUGGCCGUAGCCGUUACGCUGUUUGGUGUCAUCCACGCCAACGAUUUGAUCCUGGGCAAUAUUUUACCGGGUGAUCGAAUUAUGCACAGCCAAGUGUACAUCGCUCCCGGAAUCGUCAAUCAAACCAUUAGCCGUAUUGUGAGUCACUCGGGAGUCACCAACAUCACUGCCGUUAGGGCAUACGAUCGUUCGCUGUACAGGAGCGGUGUGGCCACUCUGACUCAUGGAGGUCCCGGCUAUGUCAACGUUUCGGUGCGGAUUCAGGGCGCCUAUUCCGGUGCUGGUUACGAUUUCUUGUUUGAGGUGUACGGUCGAUAGAUUGUUGGUGAUUUAGCAAAAACAUAUUUAGUGCUUUGAAUAUUAACAGUAUUACCUAUAUUAUAAAAUUCAUCGAAAUAAAAGUAAAAUAAAAACAAA